AUGGCGCCCAUGAAACGGCCAAGACGAGCCGUGGAAGACGACGACGAAGGGAACGUUGUCGAUGUCCGCGAAGGCCGCUCCAAUUUUCGGCCAGAGGAAGCUAGGAAACGUGUCCGAGUCUCUAUCGACGACCAGACAAAGGAACAGACACCACAGCGCGAGGAGUCACAAGACUCUGAGAGCGACGAUGAAGCCGACCGCGAUCGCCCAGAAUCCCCUCCUCAGACCCAGUACGAGCUCAUGCGAGAUGCCGGCUUCAAGCAUCUGGCCAAUACCGACUUGGACGACCAACUGGCCACGCAGAAGCUCAUGCGCCGGCCGACGAAUCUCGGCAACAACAUGGUAUCAGAAGGUGGUAUUAUUGAGAGCAUCACAUGUUGCAACUUCAUGUGUCAUACGAAGCUGCAUGUCGAGCUGGGUCCCCUUAUCAACUUCAUCGUCGGCGAGAACGGAAGCGGCAAGAGUGCUGUGCUGACAGCCCUGACCCUUUGUCUCGGUGGCAAAGCCAGCGACACCAACCGCGGAGGAAGCCUGAAGUCAUUUGUCAAAGAGGGCUGCGACCAAGGCAGCCUUAUUGUCAAGAUAAAGAACGCCGGCUCUGACGCUUAUAUGCCUGAAGUCUAUGGCGAUUCGAUCAUCGUCGAGCGUCACUUCUCCAAGACUGGCGCCAGCGGAUUCAAGGUCAAGAGCUCCAUGGGUCGAAUCGUUUCGACAAAGAAACAAGAGGUGGACGAAAUUUCCGAGUGGUACGGGUUGCAGAUUGGCAACCCCCUCACGGUCCUGUCCCAAGACAACGCGCGUCAGUUCCUUAACUCGGCAACUCCAGCUCAGAAAUACAAAUACUUCGUCUCCGGCGUUCAGCUGGAACAGUUAGACAAUGACUACAAGAUGUCACAAGAUACACUCGACAAGACCCUCAUGCUCAGAGACGACCUAACGAGUAAGAUUGGACACGUCAAAAAGCAAAUGGACGAUGCCCAGCGGCUUGCCGAGACAGCGCAGAAGAACCAGAGCCUCCGCGAGAAGGCUAGGCACUACAGAAACCAACUGGUCUGGUCUCAGGUGGUGGAGCAGGAGAGGUUGCUCAAUGAGCGCAACGGUGCCAUUGCAAAACGUGACAGAGCAAUCGCUGACGCUGAGCAAUAUUGCGAGGAAUUGGGCCAAACUCUUACCACGACCGAAGAAAAGCUGGCGAGAGUCAGACAAGCGCGGGAAGAUCUGGAAACAGACCGAGGAGCCUUCGAGGAGAGGAUCAACGAGGCUGAGGCGGCCUUCCACGCUGCCAGGAAGGAGGUUACCGACUUGCACCGGGAGGAACGAGAUGCGCAUGGGCGCCUGAAAACCGUCAAGGAGGACAUUAAAUCCUGUGAAGCCAAGAUCAGGGAAGAAGAGCAGCGUUUAGGCGAGUCGACUGGAUCUGCCCGUGUGGAGAAGGAUGCCGAGCUAGCCAAAGCAACUGCCAAAGAAAAGGCCCUCGAAGAUCAGAUCAACGAAAGCACUCAGCAGGUGCCGAGUCUUCAGGCCAAGCUAGUGGAAGCUGAGGCAACCUCCAGGAGACACCAACACGCCAAGGACACCAAGCGCAAGGAAAUCCUAGCUGCAGAACAACAAGUCAGGGAACUCGAGUCAAGAACUGGUUCUGCGUACGAUGGGUUCGACAGGGACAUGGUCAACCUCGUCAAGGCGGUCGAGAGUGAGGGAGGAUUUGAACAGAAACCCAUCGGACCCAUCGGCGCUCACGUCCGGCUUUCGAAGCCGGAAUGGUCUGGUAUUCUCGAGAAGACGCUCGGAGACGCACUGAAUGCGUUUAUUGUGAGAAGCAAGUCCGACCAGUCAAGGCUUUCGAACAUGAUGCGCAAGGUUGGGUUGAGGAGGCCUCCUCCAAUCUAUAUUGCAUAUGCAAGCCGUAUCGACACAAGCAACCAAGAACCAGACGCCCAGUUCGAUACAAUUCUCAGCGUACUGCAAUUCGACGACGACCUGGUCCGAUCGCAACUCAUCAUCAACAACCAAAUCGAAAAGAUUAUUCUGAUCAACGAGCGGACGGAGGCCCAGCGAGUCAUGAUUGACAAUACGCCCCCGCGUAAUGUGUCUGCGUGCAUCUGCUUUCACGAUGGAAGAGGAAAGCGAGGUCAUGGAUUGCGCCUAACGAACCGGGGCGGAUCCAUUGGCACAAGCCCAAUCCAGCCUGGAACCCAGCGUCCCAGGAUGCAGACAGACUCCGCACGCCAGAUUGACUUGCAAAAGGAGAACUUGAGGCAACUGGGUGUGGAACUUCGAGAAAUCAUGGGUGAGGACCGCCAGGCGAGCCAGGCGCUUCAGCGACAUAGGUCUGAGCUUGAUACGCAUCGCAAAAGCAUAAAGGAACUAGAAAACAGGCUUCGCCGGACACAAGCUGAAGUGGAACGUGUCUCCAUGGAGCUCGAUGCAUUCGAGGGUGCCGAUGACCGUCUCGUUGUCCUACGAGCGGAGCUUGAGGCUAAACAUUCUGAGGAGGAUCAAAUUGGUAAUCAGUAUGGCGCCAUGAGGCUGGCAAAGCGGGAUCUCAAUACGAAGUCUGAGGAUGCCAAGCGGAGGUUGGAUACCGAGAGGGGUGAGCGAGACGAUUUCCAGGCCAAGGUUAACAAGGCAGAGGAGAAGAUUAAUAGCCACGAAUCGAUGAGGCGGCUCGCUGUUGCCAAGAAGAACGAGGCAUUCGAGCGGGUGGACAUUGAGAAGAACGAGCGACGACGCGCGGAGGAGAAACGGGACGAGAAGGCAGCCGAAGUUGAAGACUUCACUGCACAGGCUCAGGAGAUGGCCCCAGACCGUGUUCACAUUCCCGAUAAUGAGACACACAAGAGUAUCGAGAAGAAGUACGAGAAAGUCCGCGAGCAGCUGGCGCAGCGGGAGAGGCGGCUUGGGGCGACGGACCAGCAAAUAUACGACCGUGCCACCGAAACCCGAGAGAGAUAUGAAGAUGUUAUCAAGCAGACUCGAGACGUGGACGACACCAUUUCAUCUCUGAAGCGAGCCAUCGAACAACGUCUGCAUCUCUGGCGCCAGUUUCAACGACAGAUCAGCGCCCGAAUCCGCAUUCAAUUCAACUACCUUCUCAGCGAGCGUGGCUUCCGAGGCAAGAUUGACCUGGACCACCGCGCGCGCAAGGUCCAAAUCCAGAUCGAACCCGACGAGACACGCAAGAGCGCGGCCGGCAGGAACACCAAGACGCUGUCUGGUGGCGAGAAGUCUUUCUCGUCUAUCUGUAUGCUACUCUCCGUGUGGGAGGCCAUCGGAUCGCCUAUCCGGUGUCUCGAUGAGUUUGAUGUCUUCAUGGACAAUGUCAACCGAGCCAUCAGCACCAACAUGCUGGUGGAUGCCGCGCGUCGCUCCGUGUCACGUCAGUAUAUUCUUAUUACGCCCAAUGCCAUCGAAGGUCGGGCUCGGCUGGACAAGGACGUCAAGAUCAUCAGGUUGGUUGAUCCCCGCCAACGAACGCUCGCAUAA